CUACCACAAAUUACUCUAGCCAUUUCUACUAUUCAUCAACAAGCACACAAUAAGCCCUAGUGCCCCUUAUUAAACUUCAGUAAGCACAUGUUAUUAUGACUGAGACCAGCCCCAGCCCUGCCAUGCUCAGCGGCUCUGCCUCGAGCCACAGAUCCAACAGCUUCAGCCAGUCACCGCUCAUGUCGAUGUCGCCGCCUGCGCAGGGUUCCUACACGACCAACAUUGUGCGGAUGCCCGCACCCUCGACGACGCCCGGGAAGCCAUCGCCGUUCCCCUCCAAGGUGACUGCUGAUGACGGCACCCGGAAGCAGUCUGGCAUCGGUGGCCCUGUGAAGCGCCGCGAGAGCCUAUCCGGUAUCGGCGCCAACCUGCGCAGCGCCCGUGUUGCCGGCAUGGGCCGCGCUGUCAGCAAAGGCGUUGCCGACGAGCAGAAGCCGUCUGGGCUCUCCAACCUCCUGCGCCGGGCCAGCACACGCAGGACCUCAGGGGCCACAUCCAACAUUCCGUCGGCACCCACAACAGUGCAGCGCCGCGGCUCGGUCAGCUCCAGCGCCGGCCGCCAUGUCGACACGACCACCAAGCAUGCUGGCGUCACAGUCGCCGCGACCUCCACCGCAUACACGGAGAAGCCCCGACUGACCCGCCACAACUCGAUCAGCGUGCGCGUCGACUACCCAGACAACGCCUCAAACCGCCUGAGCAGCUCGGCCAGCCCGCCGCCUGUUCCUGCUGACUCAUCGAGCCGCAGCCCAUCAGCCAUUCCAGCCAUGGGCUGCCAUCGGUCUACCUCGCAGGCACAGUCCUCGUUCGACUCCGGCCCGCUGAACAUCCGCAUGGUGCGCCAUGGUGAUGAUGCCGCAAGCGCCGGAUUCUCGCCAGUCAGCCCACAGGCAUCAUCCAACCCUGGCAUGACCGUGGGGUCCCCCAACGCAGGCAAGAUCUGGGAUGUUGUUGGGUCCCCCACAAGCCCCACCGUCGUCUACGCACCCAUUAACAAGCUUGCAGGCAUUGGUGGUGUGGCCGGUGGCAAGAAGAAGAUGCAGGCUCAGGGCGCUGGCAUCGGCGGCACAUCUGGCAAGGACUGGAUGUCGGACCGUCCCUCAGGAAUUGGUGCGCCAGUUGCACACCGCUCGCUGCCCAAAUCCAACCUGACCCAGGCCCUCAAGUCCCUGGUGAUUGAUCGGAAGCGCAGCGAGUCCAGCACCGGCAACUCUGCUUCGGUCUCACCCAACCCUGCUGCUGCCACCAGCACUUCACCAGACGCAAACUGAAGCAACCCAUCCUUCGGCCUACCACGUCUGCUUCUGCUUGUUUCUCCUCACUCUCUCCAACCUCCUUAAAACGAUUAUGUUUUGUAACUAUGUGAUAUUCCCCCGAACU